AUGGAAAACCAAACACGCCCCGACCGACGAGGCCCGUCCGGCGGGCGGCCGCCGAGGAAGCCGAUUCAAGUUUUGGGGGACCUGCUGCUUAUGCGACGAGAAAUGCCUGCUAUCCCAGAAAAUAAUACGAGGCUGUUGUUUGCAUUGGGAAUGGAUAGCCAGAGGCUCUCAAUUGACAGGCAGCUCGGGCAAAGAUUCCACAGAGAAUGGGCCAACGAGAAACGUCUUGCUGAACAAUCCGUACGCACCCCAAGACUGGCCUACGAAUCAUUCCUUGCACAGAAAGGCUUCUAG